AUGGCUGUUAGUGGCCCAUUUGACAUGCUUGUGACAGGAAGCAAAAUUGAACUAAUCCAAAGGUUCAAGGAUGAAAUGGAGAAAAUCUUUGAAAUGACUGAUCUUGGAGUCAUGAAGUACUUUCUUGGCAUGGAAGUGUUGCAAUCCAGUGAUGGAAUUUUCAUAUGCCAGCAGAAAUACAUUUCGGAUAUUCUAAACAGGUUCAAAAUGCAAGACUGCAAACCUGUGAGUACUCCAAUCUCUACUGGUGUGAAGCUUGGCAAGGAUGAGGAUUCCGAAAAAGUGGAUAAUAGUAUGUAUAGAAGCUUAAUUGGCAGUCUUCUAUAUCUAACCGCAAGCAGACCUGACAUUCUAUUUGUUGUAAGUUUGCUCUCUAGGUUCAUGCAUUCGCCUAGAGACACACACUUCACAGCGGCUAAAAGAGUGUUAAGGUAUAUUAAAGGAACCAGCAAGUUUGGAAUUUUUUUCCCAACAUCUGCCGAAGUAACCAUGAACCUGAUCGGGUACUCUGAUAGUGAUUGGGGUGGCGGAGUUGAUGAUUCCAGAAGCACCUCUGGAUAUCUUUUUUGUUUGGGGACAAGUUGUUUUAGUUGGAGCUCUAGGAAACAAGAAACUACAGCUCAAUCAACAGCAGAAGCUGAGUACAUAGCUGCUGCAUCUGCUGUGAAUCAAGCUAUCUGGCUAAGGAAGAUGUUGAAGGACUUGGGCUAUGAACAAACAGAAGCUACCAAGAUCAUGUGUGACAACAGUUCAGCAGUUUCUAUCUCAAAAAAUCCAGUGUUUCAUGGUCGAACUAAGCAUAUCAAGAUCAAGUUUCAUUUUAUUAGAGAAGUCCAACAAUCUAAUGAAGUGUUGCUUGUUCAUUGUUCAUCUCAGAACCAGCUAGCUGACAUUUUCACCAAGUCAUUGCCAAAGGAAAGGUUUGAAGAUCUGAGGCAACGAAUUGGUGUUUGCCACAAAAAUGCCAAGGAGGAGUGUUAG